GCUAUAAAGCGAGCCGGCGCCACCACGGGCCGGAUGAUAACUGUGACACGCACACACACACUCCACGCUCGCCCAGGAAAACAAGCGGCAAGAAGCAAGUUCAGUUGAGGUUGGAGGUCGAGUGGGAUCGGAUGGCGUCGGCGCCGGUGGAGUUCCUGGGCGCGCGGGAGGGCGGGGUCGGCGGGGACGCGCUCUACUGCGCCAUCAUCCUGUGGCUGUCCGUCAUGUCGUGGAUCAUCUUCACCUGCGUCGGCGGCGACGACGGCGGCAGGCGCCGGAGGGGCCGCCGGGACACCAAGGUCUUCGUCGGCGCCGAGCGCCUCUGCGACGGCACCGGGCCCCACUGCAGCGGCGGGUACGGCCUCUGCGGCUCCUGCGUCGACUAGCCUGGCCCUCCAAAUCGUUCGUUUGAUUGGUUUGUAAUCGAGAGCCGAAAGUACUAGUAGUAUCAUCUAUCUAUGGUGUGAUGCGAUGAAGAACUCCUCUCCUCUUCUUCUCCGGGGAGCUCCGUUCUUGUAGCCUGUACAUAGUUUCAGCGAUCGAUGAUGAUCGACAAGAUGAGCAAGUAUGAUCUGGUAGUAGCAUGAGUAUCUCCCCUUUGUGAAGACAAUAAGAGGGAGCAAGCGUCUGUGAA